AUACUGAGUCCCAGCAGAUCUCAGUUUUUUAAAGUAGACUCUGUGUCUCUGAGCUGUGAGGAGGACAAUAUCUUUGCUGGAUGGACUGUGAGGAGAAACACAACCAAAGGAACCAGAACUCAAUGUGGAGAUGGAUGGGGGAAACCUGAUGGUCUGACCUGUAAGAUGACCUACAUGGAAACAAGGGACACUGGAGUGUACUGGUGUGAGUCCAGAGAGGGAGCAGCCAGCAGCAGCAUCCAGCUCACUGUCUCUGGUGGAUCAGUGAUCCUGCAGAGUCCUGUCCUCCCUGUGAUGGAGGGAGAUGACGUCACUCUGAGCUGUCAAACAAAGACUUCCUCCAACCUCCCAGCUGCUUUCAUUAAAGAUGGCUCCCUCAUCAGGACUGAGCCUGCAGGUCACAUGACCCUCCACCAUGUGACCAGCUCUGAUGAAGGUCUCUACAAGUGUAACAUCAGUGGUCAUGGAGAGUCUCCAUCCAGCUGGAUCUCUGUCUCAGAGAAGCUAUCAAUCUCUUCUAGUACUGGAACCACUUCUAGUACUACAACCUCUUCUAAUACUACAAUCACUCCUCCACCUCCCUUCCAGUCUCUUUCCUGUGUGUUCCCGUCUCUUGUAUGUGUGAUUGUUGUGGUUUAACUGGUGAUACUGGUU